CUCUGUGAAAGAGGUUUGGGUAGAAAGAUUAGAGGUUUUUAAUUUCAUCAUAAUCAUAACCAUGCUAUGGCACUCCAACCAAUUCCACUGACAUGUUAUCGUUCCUCUUCUCUGCAUUUUCUCUCUUCCCAAACUCAAACCAACACCACUCUCAAAUUCGCACUUUCUUGUUCCAACCAAACAGCACAAGUCCAAGUUAAGGUUGUUAAGAAGAAAAAAAACAACACCACCAGACCAAGUUUCUCUGACCAAAUUCGAAAUAAAUGGUCCCUCAAAUUAGGUUCCCAAACAGAAAAGUUCCCAUGGCAGCAACAACAACAACAACAACAAGAAAAGCCACCACAAUUGGAGGAACAACCGCAAUCCCAAGAGAACGAGUCUUCAACGAAUUUGAAUUUUGAGUUUCCAAAGCGUUUACCUCCUUGGCACGUGCCAGAAAAUUCUAGAAAACCAAAGUUCGACGAAAAUGAGAAACCGUUACAGAAAAGUUUUAGUGGUUCUGUUACGGAAGAAAGAGAAGUUCAAGAAUCGGAAAGUAGAAGUGAUUUGAAGAAAAGGAGAAGCAAUGCGGAGUUGGCGGAGAGGUUGAUUCCUGAACAUGAGUUGCGGAGGCUCAGAAACAUUGCGUUGAGAAUGGUGGAAAGGUUUAAUGUUGGUGUGGCUGGUAUUACGCAGGAAUUGGUGGAUUCUAUUCAUGAAAAGUGGUUGGUUGAUGAAGUUGUUAAGUUCAAGUUUGAUUCUCCUCUUUCUGCUAAUAUGAAAAGAGCUCAUCAAAUUCUUGAGAGUAAAACUGGAGGUAUUGUGGUAUGGCGAUCAGGCAGUUCCAUAGUGUUAUAUCGAGGAAUGACCUACAAGCUACCUUGUGUAGAAUUGUACACAAAAGUAAAUGAUAUUAAGGAGAAUGCUGUGGAUCAUUCAGUGCAUGUUGGAAGUGGAAGUAAUGCUCAAGUAAGUGUGCAAGAAAUGGUUGGACCUAUAGAAUCAUUUAAUCGAAACGCUGCAGAGUAUUUGAAAGACAUGAGUGAAGAAGAAUUGAUGGAAUUAAUCGAACUCAACCAUUUGUUAGAUGAGUUGGGUCCGCGCUUCAAAGAUUGGACAGGCCGCGAGCCUUUACCUGUUGAUGCAGACAUGUUACCUGCUCUGGUUCCAGGGUAUAAAACUCCAUUUAGACUUCUUCCAUAUGGGGUGAAACCUUGUUUAUCCAACAAGGAAAUGACUGUCAUCCGUAGGAUUGCCAGAAGAACGGCUCCACAUUUUGCCCUUGGAAGAAAUAGAGAACUACAAGGUCUAGCUAGAGCUAUAGUUAAGCUGUGGGAAACAAGUGCUAUUGCGAAAAUAGCCAUCAAACGUGGUGUUCCCUAUACUUGUAAUGAUAGGAUGGCUGAAGAACUCAAGAAACUGACUGGGGGAACUCUAGUUUCCAGAAAUAAGGAAUAUAUUGUAUUUUACAGGGGCAAUGACUUCUUGCCUCCCACUGUCACCAAUACCUUGACCGAGAGACAGAAACUAACUGUUCUCCAACAAGAUGAAGAAGAGAAAGCACGACAAAAUGCUUUAUCUAUUACUAUAUCAAAUAGAAAAUCAUCUCAAAUGCCGUUACUUGCUGGCACCCUUGCUGAGACUAGGGCAGCAACCACCAACUGGGGACACCAGCCAAGUAAACAAGAAGCUGAGAAAAUGAUGAGAGAAUCCACCUUGGAUAGACUUUCUUCUUUAAUCAGAAAUCAUGAGAAGAAACUAGCUCUGGCAAAAGCAAGAUUCAAGAAGGCUGAGAAGGAUUUAGCGAAAAUACAGGGUGAUCUGGACCCAGCAGACCUUCCAUCUGAUUUGGAGACAUUAACUAAUGAAGAGAGAUUUUUGUUUAGGAAGAUUGGUCUGAGUAUGAAGCCAUAUUUACUUCUAGGGAGGCGAGAUGUUUAUGCUGGCACCAUAGAAAACAUGCAUCUACACUGGAAAUAUCGAGAGGUCGUAAAGAUAAUUGUGAAAGGGAAAAAUUUAGCCCAAGUUAAGCACAUUGCGAUAUCUUUGGAAGCUGAGAGUGGUGGGGUGCUAGUAUCUGUUGACAAGGAUACCAAAGGCUAUAUAAUAAUUCUUUAUCGUGGGAAGAACUACUUCCGUCCGCAGGUUACAAGACCCAAAAGCUUGUUGACACGAAGACAAGCAUUGGCUCGGUCUAUUGAGCUUCAAAGACGAGAGGCACUGAAAUAUCAUAUCUCAGAUUUACAGGAGAUGAUUGAGUUGCUAAAAUCUGAGCUGGAGGAUAAGAAAAAUGAAAAGGUGAAUGAUGGUGACAAAACUAUGUACUCAACAUUGGCUAACACCCUUGUUUCUUCUGAUGAUGACUUGGAAGACCUAAAUACUUUCUUUCCUUAGACAAAUACCAGAAUGAAGAAACAAGAUUCAUUUUGACAAAGACAUGAUGAUCAAGAACUUGAAACAUCAAAUCAAUAAUGUGAAGCUUAAGCUACAGAACUUACAAUUGCUUGGAGAAGUUGAGCAUUAUGGGUGAUUGAGAAGAUGGACAACAAUGUGAAGCUUAAGCUACAGAGCACAAAAACAUGAGACAUGCCUUCGAUGUGUCCCACAGAACUUUUCUCAGGUGAGCAGCAUUGUCGGGUGUCAUUUAUACAAGUAGAUUUAUGUCCAGCCUCCAAGUGAUGUAACAUGUGUAAUGGUUAAUUCAGUUUUAUGGAUGAUUGAUUGUAUGCUCAAUUCAGUUGGAUAGAUGGAUAAUGUUAUCCCUUGACAUUACAUGUUCAUAUUUCUGUAAAUAUUUAUUUCAGUAAAAAAAAGAAUCACGGAGGAAAGUUCUUAUCUUUGCCAUCCAUUUUACUA